GCUUCUGCCAAUAGAACCUUUCCUCUAUGGAUAUACUGUAGUCAAAGCUUUUUUUCAAGCUAAUUUAUGUUUUUCAUUUGUGUUAAAUUCAAUUCAUAUAUUUAGCUAGGAAAAACAAUAGCAUUUAGGAAAAUUAUAAAUAUAUACCAUACAAUAAACAAAUGAAUGCACAGCAAGCAUAUAUUAAUUAAACCCCCCAAAAAAACAUUGCUCCAAAUUUGCUCUGUAUAUUUAACAAAUCAUGACUGAUAAUAAGUAGUUCAUUGAUUACAGCUCGUGUUUCCAGUGGCUGCACUGUAGAAGGACUUUAUUUAUGCAUGAAAGUGAGUAGAAUAAAUUACACAUGGUCAAUGGAGAGUGAACCCCAACAACAGACAUCUUCCGCAAAUCACCACACCACAGAGAGUAAAAAACAACAAAACAUCUACUGUGAGCACAGAGGGAGAGUUCCCUUCUCACUUCAGCCCAGCCCUUUCCUUCUCUCUUAAAACUGCUUCGUGAUCAGUUUGCUAACAAUCUCAGCAGACUGAUAUCCCUUCCUGCUGAUUCAGCACAAGGACAAUGCAAAGUGGACUGUUCCACUGCAUCAGCAUUAAACUUGCAUUGUCUUACAUGUUUGUUAAUCAUAAACCACACUCAGUGUAUCAUUGAACUUUUGACUCUCAACAUAGAUUUCAUUCGCAAGUGUUUUUCUUCUGGCUUUUCUUAAGAACAGGACGGCUCCACAGCAAGAGAACAACAUGACGGCCAUAAAGAUACAGACACAAAGGAUGCAUUCCUGCAGAAGACCCAAAAUGCAGUUCCUUGAGAUUUUCACCAGAAGCUUAAUUAUUCUGUGCAUAGCACUAGCGAUCAUACUGUCCUCUAUUUCUGUGUGUGAUGGCCAUUGGCUUUUUGCUAAUGCCAAAGUAUUUGGACUUUGGCACUUUUGCAUCAUAGAGCAGCAUGGUGUCCCCAAUUGCACUACAGAUCUGAAUGUGGCCAGUAUUCAUGGACUGCAAGUUGGACUUAUAUUUUCCCGAACAGCUGUCUCUUUUGGGGUUGUAGCGGCUAUCUUUGGACUGGAGCUGUUGAUCGUCUCCCAAGUUUGUGAAGAUCCCCAUUCCAGGAAGAAGUGGUCUUUCGGAUCUCAGCUUGUUCUUUUGUCCUUUGCUUUGUCAGCUGCUGGGAUGCUGAGUUUUGUUAUCUGGCUGUGGAAUCAGGUCUCCUUCAUGGGGUUUACUUUAACCUACUGGUGCCAAUUCACUGCCGUGUUUCUCUUCUUUCUAAAUGGAAUUAGCGGCAUUCACAUUCAUAGUUUAAUGCAGCUGCCUAUAGUUCACCCAGGGAAGAUGUAGAAUAACCUCAGUUCCUGUGGGUUAGAUAAAGUUUUGCUCAAGAUUUAGGCAAAUUAUUUUUGUGUAUAAAAAAAAUGGAAAUGUGGACUGACGUCAUCCAAAUUCCUUUUUGUAACAUUUAUUUUCAUGAGCACAGGCAGUAUUUUGCUUUUAUUUAGGAAAGGAAUGAACUUUAAAUGUGUGCUCUCCUGAAAGGGAAAUCUAACUUAAUGUCACAAAACGAGUUGUACUAUAACAUCUUUUGACUGUUGAGUUUGA